CUGAUGCCUCUACUGGAGGGUUUUAGUGUUAAACAAGUGUCACAUAGUUCUGUUUAUGCAGUGUAUCAUUAGCUAUGUUCCAUUUAGUAUACUAAGCAUAACAUUUAGCUACGUGGAAAUAUGUAGAUCGUAAUCGAGCCGAAUUCCCACAGUAAGUCGCGGUUUAAAAGCGAUCGUUGUGCAUCGGCAAUUUACGUCUGUAUUGGGUCAAUAAUAGUCAACUAGCGCGCAAGGUUCACUCCGAACAUUCUACUCAAUCACGCCAAUGAAUGCGACUUGAACGAGCAAUCAAUUUCAAUCUGAACCGCCGUCUUGGACGCACCAUGGAACGUUUUGCACACGUUUGCUAAUCAAGCACUAAACAGUUUGUUUGUCGAGGCCGUGGUGUCACAUUGCACCGGGCGGCAGUCAGUACUGAAUUUGUGCUCAUGCUGGAUUCAUGAUUGUUUUGUUAUUGUGCAAUGUUAUUUAACAAUUUGUGUUAAACAAUUUAUUGUGAAUCGGAUGAUUGACCUCAUAUGAAAUGAGAACAGGAUGACUACGUACGGCAGAUGGACUCUAUAUGAUGGCAAUAUGGAGGGAGUUAAGUGUAUGGCGCGAGCGUUGUACGACAACAUAGCGGAGUCGCCGGACGAGCUCGCGUUCCGGCGCGGCGACCUGCUCACCGUGCUGGAGCAGAACACGGGCGGCAGCGAGGGCUGGUGGCUCUGUUCGCUGAGAGGACGCCAGGGGAUAUGCCCUGGCAACAGGCUGAGGAUAGUGGCCGGUGUGUUCGAUGCUAGUGGAGCGAUGCAGAGGCGGCGCACGAGGACCCCAGCCCCCGUCGCACAUCAGCCCCUGCCGACACAAUUGUCACCAGCCUUCACCAAGAUUGAAGAAUGUUCACACUAUGACGUGCCGCGGGCGCCGAUGCCAGUGCAGCGCAUCGCCACCUACGACUACCCUCGGCCGCUGGGCGACUGGUAUGACGCUCCCCGCGCGCCGCGGCCUGCAAGCGCGGACUCUGCGUGCAGCGGCACUGGCUCCCUCGCCUCUGCCACAUCCAGUGCCUCUGCGAACUCCGCCAACUCAGGGAGCUCGGCGCACUCCGCAGCCUCAGCUGCUAGCACGUAUGACGUGCCGCGGUCGCGCGCUCUACCACUCCCUUGUGACGCGGCGUUGGAAGCCUUGGAGAGACUACAGGAAGAGGCGUCGGCGGCGGUGAGCCGGUUGUUGUCGUAUGUGGCGCCGGGGUGGCGGCGGCGCGGCGCGCUGCGCUCGCGCGUGCUGGACGUGCGCGUGGCGAGCGCCCGGCUGCGCGCCGCGCUGCACGACCUCGCCGUCUUCGCAGAUGCCACGCUCGCCAAUGCACACGAUGCUCACGAUAAAGGCAUCGCAGUAAAACUACGGCCGUUAGUGAAAGCGUUGAAAGAUGCGGAACGAAUAACUCACGAGGCGACGAGCGCGCUGGACGCCGGAGACUGGGCGCCCGAGCGGCUCGAGAGAGACCGCGAGCCGACGGACGGCACGCAGGAUGCGUUGGACCAGCUCGUGUCCUGCGCCCGCUCCCUCACCGAGGAUGUGCGGAGAGCCGCCUCCUUCAUCAACGGGAACGCUUCCUUGUUAUUCAGACGAUCACCGGCUGCUCCCGAGCACGAGUGGACGGAAGAGUAUGAUUAUGUGCGGCUAGAGACGCGUGCGGCGGUCGGUCGGCGAAACGCGGAGAUACGCGCCGCACUGCCCGACAAACUGCAGGCUUCUUUCGACACUUUAGUGAGAGACGCUGACCACGCUGGCGAGGUGAGCGCAGUAGCGGCGGCAACACGCUUCCCCCCUGAUGACCGACAGUUAGCCGCGUUCUACGCAGCACAGACGGCCACGUACGGCGCGCACCUCGCCACCGCCGUCGAGGCGUUCCUCCGCACAAUAGAGAUGGGCCAGCCGCCAGACAUCUUCCUCGCGCACGGGAAGUUCGUCGUGCUCAGCGCGCACAGGAUAGUCCACGUCGGCGACAUAGUUCACAGGAGCGCCCAACACUCCGGUCUCAAGGCGAAAGCUCUACGAUGCUCGGACGCACUAUCGGACGCGCUGGCGGCGACAGUCGCUAAGACGAAGGCGGCAGCGCAACAAUUUCCGUGCGCUAGUGCGGUUGCGGAAAUGGCAGAAGCGGCGCGCACGCUGGCAGCGCGAGCACAGGAGCUGCGGCGCGCGUUGCUCCGUGCGGCCGAUCCACAGCCCGCCGCCGACACGCCCGCCACCGCGGUGCCGCCGUCGGCGCCGGCCACGCCGCUCACGCCCUUGACGCCGCUCACCCCGCACACCAACCCCGGCACGCCGUCACUGGCCGCGCUGCAGAUAUAGAGCCGCCGCGGGGGCUGCACGGCACAGGACCGGCCGCUGUCGUCGGCGAGAGGCGACCAGGCGCCAGGAACUCCUGCCCGGAGACGAGCGCGGGACAGACGCAACCGAAACUGUGACAGUACCAAAGACAGCUAUCGACGUAGGACUUCCGACGAUUAUAGACUGCCGUCGGAGACGUUUGAAGCCGGAGCUUGUGUUUAAUAUUUAGAUGUACUGAUGUCAAACGAAGGCUGCUCUCGGGAGGUUUUAUUUGCGAACGGAAUUCGCGACCGAUUAGCAAAGCGAGUUUUAAAUUGCUGGAUGCUCAUUUUGCCGUAGUGAGUUGAGUUGUCCGUCCAGUUUUAUACAAUUUUGCAACAAUGUCGUAAUUUUGUAGAGUGUGUGUGAAUUUUAGUAUGCGGCAUUAUUUUGUCGUAGGGAAAUAGUAUUUCCAACAUUAUUACCCAACGAAUGUGACGAUAGUGAACUUAUUGAUUUUUGUCGAGUUCUAGACGAAGAGUCUUCCUUACUUUGAUGGCCUAGAUUUCAUUUUUAACUGAUAUAUGUUAUAGUUCUAUUACUAAUGAGUUUUUAUCAGCCUCUUUUCAUCCACUUUAUCAAUUGCGUAUUUCUUCCAUUAAAUGUUGACUAAAGCUCUUUUCACCUCAUAAUAUGACAAGCUUAAAAUUUGCAAGUCGCUUAUUUAUCGAUCACCCCAUAAUGUACCUGUACGUACGUCAUUUAUAAUUAAGAACUCGACGAAUCAUUUAAUAUAUAAAUUAAAAUUUUUGUAACUUUCAUACUUAGACAUAAUACUUAUUCACAAAAUGAGGGUUGAUACAUAAAUACCGAAGUUGUAAAUUGGGAAUGUUCCUUACAAUGGACUGAGUUGAACAUUAUUACUAGCCCUGAAUCCUUAGAGAAAAUAGGUACCUUUUAUAUUUAAAAAAUACCAGAGAAGAACUCAACGAUUAGGUGCUCAAUACCGCGACAUUAAGGGGAUUGUCCCUGCAGUGUCUUAUUCCGGCUUGUCGUUACUUAACCUUACAGUACAUAGUUAUAUUGUAUGUAUGUUUUGUACUUUAUACAUAUGAAGUUAUAGACCCGAGAGCCAGACACUUUGUAACUCUCCUCACACAACGCACAAACGUAAGACUCUACCUCGACAGUCGGUUGGAUACAAGGGUUGCUGGCUCCCGGUCUAUCGGUAGAUAGACGUAGUAUAUAUCAAUGUAAAAAGCAUGUUGUAUAUUAGCGAUGCGAUGUAUAAUAUAUUUCAUGGACUUCUUAUUUUAGCUAGGUAUAGAUGAAAUUGUACAAAUGCAUAUUAAGAAUAAUUUUAUUGAUGAAUUAUAAUUUAAUCAUCUUGUAAAACGCGAUCAAGUAAAAUAUACAAAUUUUCGUAUCUA